AUGGACGACGACAGGCUGAGCUCUUUACCGGACGAGAUUCUCUCCUACAUCAUAUCUUUCCUGCCAACCAAGUUCGCCGUGGGCACCGCCGUCCUCGGCCGACGGUGGAAGCACCUCUGGACUAGGGUUUGCAAUCUCGAUUUCGACAAUACCAUCUGGGGUUGCCAUGGUGCGAAAAGUCGUCACAGAAAACCCUCCUGCAGCACGCGGCGGGACAAAUACUUUGGAUUCUGCCGCUUCGUUGACAGGGUUCUGAGCGAGCACAAGAAUUUGGAUUCUCUGAAGCGUUUGAGUUUGCAUUUUGAAGAAGGUUACCCUUACAGCUACGGGAACCGGUAUCUAUGGUUGAAGAUGGAAUUGGGUUCUGGCUCUCUGCUCGAGGAAAUUGAUGUUAACUUUAAGGCGGAAGAUGGAACUGGCCCCACCUUUCCUAUGCACCGGCUUCCAGAGUUUUUUUACACUCUGAAGCAUUUAAGAGUUUUGAAGCUGGACGGUGUUGUAAUGGAGACUGGGUCGUCUGUUUUUCUUCCUAAUAUGAAGAACUUGCAGCUCUUGAGGGUGAAGAUAGUGGACGGUGAGUCAUUAGGCAGGCUCCUUUCGGGUUGCCCUGCUCUGGAGACUGCUCAUCUGGAGACUGAUCAUAUGAAGAUUGAUGAGUAUCUACACAGGAAGGAGGAGUGCAAACUCAUUGCUUCAUUACCAUGCUUGAAGAACCUAACAAUUGUCCGGUUUCAUUGUAUUACGCAUUGGGCGAUCGAAGCACCGAGUAUCGAGCAUCUCCAUCUUCGGAGUGUUGUUGCAGAGUUGCAGUUUUUGGGCAGUAGUAAAUUUCCAUGCCUUGAUUCAGUAACUGUUCUUGGCUCUGUGGGCAUGAUCUGGGAACUUUGCCUGCUUUAUUUCCUCCAACAGAUAUCCAAUGCAAAGGAAUUGAGCUUUUCUUGGCAGCCGCUUGUAAGAUUACACUUUCCUUCCUCAACUACCACUCCCAAUUUUUUUUUCUUUUUUCUGUCAUUGAUUAAAUUUGGUUGA